GUUAGCUAGCAGGACUAUAUCAUCAUUCUUAUUCGUCCUAGUAAAGAAGUGGAGCCCCGUUGUAUUUCGGUUGUGACGGUCAGAACAGCAACAAGUCCCUCUUACCGGGUCAACGAAUUUAGGAAAGAUGACUUCUGCAUUGUCUGAUCCAACCCUAGAGAGACAUUUCAAGGGUCACAGGGACACUGUGACAAGUGUGGACUUCAGCUGCAACAUGAAACAGAUUGCCACAGGCUCCAUGGACUCCUGUGUGAUGAUCUGGAACAUGAAACCUCAAAUGCGAGCGUAUCGCUUUGAUGGACACAAAGAUGCUGUCACCUCUGUUCAGUUUUCUCCCUCUGGCCACCUGGUGGCCUCCGCCUCCAGAGACAAGACUGUACGUCUUUGGGUGCCCAGCAUGAAGGCUGAGUCAACAGUUUUCAGGGCUCACACGGCUACUGUGCGCAGUGUUAACUUUUCUGGUGAUGGACAAACUCUGGUCACAGCCUCUGACGACAAGACCAUCAAAGUGUGGAUGGUCCACAGGCAAAAGUUCCUGUUCUCUCUAAACCAACACAUCAACUGGGUCCGCUGUGCUAAGUUUUCUCCAGACGAUCGUUUGAUUGUGUCGUCCAGUGAUGAUAAGACUAUAAAGCUGUGGGACAAGAACAGCAGAGACUGUAUUCAUUCUUUCUAUGAACAUGCUGGUUAUGCAAACCAUGUGGAUUUCCAUCCCAGUGGAACUUGCAUUGCUGCUGCCAGUACUGACAACUCGGUUAAGGUGUGGGACAUCAGAUCCCAUAAGAUGCUACAACACUACCAAGGUAAAGACACCUCAGAAAGUUGUGUAAAGGAUCACGCAGAACUGGGAUAUGAUUUCACUGUUGCGUCACCUUCAUUCUCCAUCUCUCUGGUUCUCUUUCCCUUCCUGCAGGGUCCAGUGACCUGUGUGGCCUUCUCCAGGACAGGAGAGUACUUUGCCUCUGGAGGCUCUGAUGAACAGGUAAUGGUGUGGAAGAGCAACUUUGACUGCAGUGAGUGUGGUGACACUGUCAGGCUACAACAUAAAACUGCUUCCAGCAUUCAGGCACCACCAGCAAGCUCCACGGCUCAUCUCCCCUUUAACUUGAAUCCAUCUGUGCACCGCAGCCAGACCUCUGACCCAUCAGAACAUUUCAACAGACAGGACUUCCAAACCGCCGCCCACACUCAGAGCAGCAGUCGCAGUGGCAGCCACAGUAGAGCAACACAUUCCCACACCUACAGAAACCCCAGCACCAGUUCCUCCACCACCCAUCAGACACAGACCCAGGGUUUACCACAGCAUUCAUCCCAGUCCCAGACUUCAGAUGGAGGCGUCCCCCCUGGUCUGGCCAGCACCCUGGAACACAUCAUAGGUCAACUGGAUAUUCUCACUCAGACGGUUUCGAUCUUGGAGCAGCGGCUGACGCUGACAGAGGACAAGCUCAAGGAGUGUUUGGAGAAUCAGAUGGAGAUCGGUCUACAUCUCCAGAGGCGAGAGGAGGCCUAAAGAUGGCGGCAUCAGAGAAAGGUUGAGCUGUGGUGCAAGGGAAGUGGGGUCACAUCAACACCAGAAACAGAAACUCACAUCAUUGUCGGUAGAUCACAAUAAAAUGUGAGAUCUUACAUACAGAGCACGUGCAUUCACACAUAAAGCAAGGACUUGACCCAAACCGUUUUCCUGACUGGACUUUAAAUGCACCGUGAGCCUCACUGCUGAUGGACUGUGUCUGGUUAUCUUACAAAGAAAAAUCAGAAGUGAAGGAGGUGAAUAUUAGAGAAGUUAUUCCUCUACAACAGUGCUGAGCGCGCAGUCUCUUUUCUGCUGACGAAGGACCUGCUGCUACUAGUCACCGUGUGUGUGUGUGUGUGUGUGUGUG